AGAUGUGCGCAAGCGCGGUAUGGGUUGACACUAACAGAAAGCUAGCUAGACGAAGUGAGGCCAUCUGUUAUUUAUAUGGCAGCUAGCUAUCAAGUUUAGAGAUGGCACACUUUUCACUUUCCUACUGUCGUGUAUGAUAUAGCUAGUUAUGUAGUUGCUGUAGCUAGUUAGCGCUUGGUAGUGUGUAACGUCACUGCUGUUGUUUUUUUGUCUGUAGCAAUUGUUUUAGCUAGCUUACGCUUGCUAGUUAACGCGUUAGAGGAAAUGGCAGAGUUUCUGCAAAGAUUUAACGUUUUGAAAUUUGGUUGGCGACUCCUGAAAUCAAGUCACGCAGGAGCAGGCAAACAACUUUAUAUCUCGUAUUUGUCAUCACGGAGUUACAGCAAUGGCCACAACUUGUUCGGGCUCCUCUUCGACAUCGAUGGGGUGCUGGUGCGGGGCCGCACACCCAUCCCUGCAGCCAAACAGAUCUUCAGGAACCUGGUGGACAGGAAAGGGAAGUACAAGGUGCCUGUGGUGUUUGUGACCAACGCAGGGAACUCGAUGAGGCAGACCAAAGCUGAACAACUGUCACACCAGCUGGAGGUGGAGGUGUCUCCAGACCAGGUGAUGCUGUCCCACAGUCCUUUGCGUAUGUUCAGUCAAUAUCACAACAUGUGUGUGCUGGUGUCAGGUCAGGGCCCAGUGCUGGAAGUGGCUUACAAUCUGGGAUUUCAGAAUGUUGUUACCAUAGACAUGCUGAGGGAUGCCUAUCCUCUCCAGGACAUGGUGGAUCACAACAGAAGACCCAAAGACAUGGUUCCACCAAGUAAAGAGUUACCCCCGAUAGAAGCCAUCAUUCUGUUUGGCGAGCCAGUCAGAUGGGAGACCAACCUCCAGCUAAUAAUGGACGUGCUCUUAACCAAUGGGAAGCCUGGGAAUGCCCUGACAACACUGCAGUACCCUCACAUCCCAGUGCUGGCCUGUAACAUGGACCUGAUGUGGGUGGCUGAGGCCAAGAACCCCAGGUUUGGUCACGGCAUGUUCCUGGUGUGUCUCGAGAGUCUGUAUAAGAAGGUGACUGGCUGUGAGCUGAAGUAUGAAGCUCUGAUCGGAAAGCCCAGUGUGGUGACCUAUAACUACGCUGAGCUGCUCAUCCGACAGCAGGCUGAGAGUCUGGGCUGGACUGAGCCUGUGGAGAGACUCUACGCCAUCGGUGACAACCCCAUGGCAGACAUCUACGGCGCCAACCUCUACAACCGCUACCUACAGUCCUGCCACCGCACCCGGGCCCUGAUGCAGCUCAAAGGGGGGGGAGGGGGGGAGCCUCAGAGCCAACCCCUGGAGGACGCCCACGAAAUGACCUGUGCCGAGAUGGGAGGCGUUACAGGGGUGUACGGGGGUGAGGAGCCCCUCCCUAUGGGGUGCAGCUCCAUCCUGGUGUGUACGGGGGUGUACACCCGGGACCAGCAGGAGCUGCCACCUGACCCCAGGCAUACGGUUACAGAGCAUCAGAUCUUCCACGGUCACAGGGACUUCCGCUUCGACCCCAACCUGACCCAGCCAUCCUUCAUGGUGCAGGAUGUGAAGGAGGCUGUGGAGCUGGUGUUCCAGCAGGAGGGAUGGCCUCUGGAGUAAGAGGGGCUUGAGUCAAAAAUACUGUCCUGUCCCGUACCCUGUUCACAGCACUGCCUGCCAAGUAAAUUAACAGCCCCUCAAUGUCUGGGUCUAUAAGGCUGUGUUUACACAGGCAGCACAAUUCCCCCCCCCAAAACAUUUUUUCACUAAUUGGUCUUUUGACCUAUCACAUCAGAUCUUUUUCAGAGUUGAUCCAAUUGGUCAAAAGACAAAUUAGUGGCCAAAACAUCUAUUGUGCUGCCUGUGUACUCGCAUCCUCUUGGGUUAGGACAGGGUCUAAGAGUUCAGAGACCCCUCUGUGACCAAUAAACUUCUAAAAUACAAGUUCACAUAUGAAAGCAACGUCCUCCUCAACCGCCUCACUCGGCCAUACUAGUACAGUCACUCAUACAGCAAAAGUCUAGAAUGUCUGUGCACAUUUACUGCCAUUGAGAUUUCCCUAACUUUUACCUUACUGUUACGUGCCCUGUUCUAAGGAGUGUAGCAUGCUGACUAGACCUGCCAAGUUGCAUGCGCGAGCAUUGCAAAAUAAAUGUACACAUGCAUGUUAUUCCAUCAUUUAAUCCGAACUGCGGGCGGCGCUCCCAUCUACUCAGUGGUUUUCUCGAGCAUACUAACCCACGUGGGUGACUGAAAAAUGAACGAGCAGAGAUUAACUACAAGGUUUCCCCUUUUAUCUGUGGAUUAAUUGUCAAUUUUGUAUGACUCAAAAUGGGUCAAAAUUCUAUAUUUAUUUCAGGUGAAAUAACAACCCAAUGUUUAUCUCCAGGACAAAUUGGCUAGCGAUAGCAAGCUAGCUAAAUGUCCAUGAAUGUUUCAUGUGUGUUUUGACCCGUCUCCAAAUUAAUAUAGUUGGUUUUGGUAUUUUAAUCUACGUGUCAUGAACGCGUCUGGUGGGGAGAAACAAAAUCACCCGUGGGCCUGUUUGAAGGUGUAAUGCGGUCUGUUUUGGCUUGAUUAAUAUUCUUAGUCAACUUGAAGCAGCAUCAGUGGACUGAAUACAUUAAAUACACUGUUGAUAGGCCAGUUACUUUACUGUGAUGGGUUAGCUUUUAAGAUAUACAGUUUCCCUUUAUAUCUGUCUGCCAUGUCUCUAUCCAGGCCUGUUACAGAAUCACAGGAACAACUUCAUGCAAGUGACCAGUUUAAGUCCAGGAAUGUUCUUCGAUGGGCUCCACAAUUGAUGCAAGGCUAGUUGUUCCAUUUACCAUUAACUAAACAGGUGCUACAUAUCUGGUUGUGUUCCAAGUAACGUUUGGAGCGUCUUACAAUAGCCAUUAGCAUGUGAAGGCAGGACAUUGUGGGGAUGUAAAGCAUUUUGUGAUAUUUUAUGAAAUGAUUUAUUUUUAUGGGAUUUGUUAUUGAAUGUUUUAUGCAGGGGUGUCAACAUUUUUAGCUAUGUUCAAUUGGCCAAAAGUUCUGAGGGAAAGACGUGUGAGACUGUGGAAUUGUCAUAAAUGCAACACUGUAUUUGACAAACUGAAGGACAAUAAUAAAAAAAAAAGGUAAAAGCUCAAA